AUGGAGUUGUUUUCUAUUGUCCUCGUCAUUUUCUGUAUAUCACUGGUUUCACUUAACGGUGAAGUUCUUGAUGAUUUCAUAUUUGAUGUUGAACCACAGUGUGGUGAUUCUCUAGUUGAUAAUAAUCCUGUUGUAACAGUCAAGUCCGACUUUCCAAUCAGUGUUGUGGCGUCUUGUGCCAAUGGCGACGUAGGCUUCCUGUCUGUGAAUGGCGCUGAGCAUUUACUUCAAGGGACUUUCUUACAGAAGGGAGAUUUUUGUCUCUUUACUAGACGUGGCAGCACUAACGUAUAUACAAUAGAAAUAUCCAUCAGAUAUGGUGUAGGCGGUAGUGAGGAACAUAUAACUCAAAAAUCGAUGAUGUGUAUUGUAACUUGCACAUUUGAUUUAAACGGAAUGAAGGAUUCUCAGGAACAUUCUUUAACAAAAGGUAUUUUAGCACCAGUCGAAUUAAGGGUAGAUGCUGGACAGAAUAUAAAAGCCACUUUAACUUUAGAUGUUUAUGAUGUUGGGGAUAAUUUGAUAACUACGAUGAGACGAGGGAGAAAGGUUUAUCUUUCGGCUACUACUGACGGUUCAAAAUCGGAACUUGGUCUUCAACCGGUUUCUUGUUUCGCUGAAGGUGUGAAUUCGAAAAAACGGUUUCAGUUUCUUCGAGCAGGAUGUGGCGCCGGUAUGAUUUUUGAUCAAACUGAAGGAUUUGAUACUACUGGUUUAUCUACAAGAAGUCCUUACUUUAGAUCAUUUCAAAUCAAUGACGAGCAGUAUCUCACUUUUGAAUGUGUCUUUACUUUGUGCGCAAGUGCUUGCGAUGGCAAUUCAUGUGGAAAGGGGAGAUCUAAACGAAGUUCAGGUUUAUUUCCAUUAAUAGCAAAAUCCAGACCCAUUGCUUAUGAAAACGUAAUAAAAACAUUGAAUUAA